CAGCGAGCUAAUCCGGUAUGAAAGAAGACAACACUGACGUUUCUGCGUGAUAACCUCACAAACACAGAGCAGCUCACAGCAGUGAAUUUUGUAGGACCCCGAGCUUUUACACGAAACCUCGCAAAACCACGCGAUAUCAUACGAUAUCUCAGAACUAGCCGGUAGUACGUGGAAAAAAGCCGAAUGAGAAGAGUUGAUUCUGAGUAUCCAGGGUCGCUUUAAACCGCGCACACUCUUUACUGGACUCACAACAGAAACAGCAUGCGGCUAAGGUGGAUCCUAGCUCCACUCGUUUGCGCAGGAUGGAGUUUAAUGAUCAUGACGGCGGAAGCGAUAGAGCCGAUCUCCACCACCCUGGCUGUGGGCAUUGCAGCCGCUGUGACCGGGUUUCUAGCCCGCUAUCCGAACGUGCUGUACUACUUCCAGGAGUGCUGCAGACCCGAGUGGAUCUCCUACAAUAAAACAGGUCUUGAAGUGGAUCUGCAGAGCAAGCUGAUUGGCCAACAUGUAGCAUCUCGUGUCAUCCUCAAAGCUGUAACCGGCUUCAUGACCAACACGGACCCGAAGAAGCCCCUUGUCCUCUCGCUGCAUGGCUGGACCGGCACAGGCAAAAACUUUGUCAGUCAGCUAAUUGCCAAAAACAUUUACCAACGUGGAAUGACGAGCGGAUUUGUGCACUUGUUCACUGCCACGGCACACUUCCCACAUGAAGUGGAGCUGGAAUUGUACAAGUCCCAGCUGCAGCAGUGGAUAAAGGGCAACGUGUCUGCCUGCCCUCGCUCCAUGUUCAUAUUCGAUGAGAUGGAUAAGAUGCACCCGGGCCUGAUCGACAGCAUCAAACCCUACUUAGAUUUUUACGAAACUCUAAAUGGAGUCUCCUACCGCAAGGCCAUCUUUAUCUUUCUAAGUAACGCCGGAGGUGAAAAAAUCGUGCAGGUGGCGCUGGAUUUUUGGAAAGCAGGAAGGGAUCGAGAAGAGAUUGAGCUGAAAGAUUUGGAGACAGUCCUGUCUCUGUCUGUUUUCAACAACAAGAAUAGUGGUUUCUGGCACACUAGCUUAAUAGACAAGAACAUGGUGGACUUCUUUGUGCCCUUUCUCCCCCUGGAGUACAAACAUGUCGUGCAGUGCGGCCGAGCUGAGAUGAUCAGCAAGGGCCUGACACCCAACGAGGAGGCUGUGGAGCAAAUGGCGCACGACAUGAACUAUUUCCCUCGAGACGAGCGUGUCUUUUCUAUGCAGGGCUGCAAGGUUAUCUCCAGCAGACUGGACUUCUACAUCUAGAAAGAAGGAAAAUAACUACAGAUGCUCAAUGCUGUGUGUACUUUCCCUGAAGAACUGUGGCGGUUUGGGAGGGAACUGUAUCUGCAGUAUGCAGAGAGGAUACUCACUUCAUAAAAUCCACCCGAACACUGCCCUGAUGUCACUCAUCACGUGUAGAAGGAGGGAGCAGUAUUUUUAAUUGAUUGCAGUGGUUAAUGAUACUUCUGUUUUUAACGUGAAUCAAUGAAAAAUGAUGCAGGCUUGACUCCUUGUUUUUUUAAGGAGGAUUCAGGUCUCGUUAUUGAUUUGGUGGUGGCAUGAAUGUGUUGAUCUUAAAUGGUCAUUUUUUAUGACCUUAUAUUGUGCAUUGUCAUGCACUAUUAAUGAACAAAAUACUUUUUGGUUGGCAUAAUUUUUAUAUGUGUAAGUAGAAAGUACAACAGCCUAGAAUGUCAAAAAUCCUUCACGGCCUGCCAAUUAUACCCUUUUGUCAAAAUUGUUUAAAAAAUGUUUCAUAUUUUUGGCAUUGGUGUCCAGCUCACUGGAUCAUUAUAUUACGGAAAAAAUAGAAAGUUUUAAAAUUAAAAAAAAAAAAAAAAAUCUAUUUCCCAUUAAAUGAGAAACGUCAGCAACCACUGAGAAGCAAUCCUGCCAACAAAACCUUGUUUUCCAGACAUCACUAUAGGAACUGUUUUUGCAUUGAUGCUUUAACACCUCAUCACAUUUCAGACAUUAUAAUCAUGGUUCAUUUUCCACAUAACAAAUGUGUCUCUUCAGGAUAGGGAAUGGACUGAAAUUGUGUUUUUUUUUUUUUUUUUUGGUCUCAGUGAUGGUUUGAUGAUCCACACUUUAGACACAAUGUGUUGUUCAUUUGCAGUUGCCUGGUGUCAAACUGAUCAUUCCACACUGAUUACUUCCACUAAACCUGAUAAACUUGAUCUUAUUCUUUA